AUGCACGAGUGUGUUUUAUGUUAUGAUGAAAUUAAAAUUGUAGGAAUAGGAUAAUGUAAUCACAAAGAAAUUUGCUAUAAAUGUUAAUUUAAAAUGAGGUAUAUAACAGAUAAUUAAUCAUGUCCUUUAUGCAAUAAAAAUAAUUAAAUAAUUAUUGUUUCUGAUAAUAUGCAAAAUGACUUUUCAUCAUAUGAUUUAGAUUAUUUAAUUCCAUUUGAUGAAAAGAAAGGUCUAUAUGCUAAAACAUAAGAAAUAUAUGAUAUGCUUUUAAAGCUAAUUGAAAUAAGAUGUUUUGCACCAGGAUGUAAAGAAGAAGAUACAGUUUUUUAAAAUAUAAGUACUUUAAAAAAGCACCUAAAAGAUAGACAUUAAAGAUUUUUAUGUGAUAUAUGUGUUGAAUUUAAAACUUGUGUUUUAUAAGAAUAAAAGUUAUAUAAUUCAACAGCUUUAGAAAAGCACACUAGAAAAGGUGAUUUUGAUGAAGAAGGAAAUGUUUAUUUUUUCCAUCCAUAUUGUUCUUUUUGUUUAAAAUACUUUUAUGAUGAAGAAUCGUUAGUAAAACAUAUGCCUGAUCAUUUCACAUGUUUUAUUUGUGGUCCUGAUUAUAAAUAUAUAUUUUAUAAAAGUUAUUAAGCACUUGAGAAACAUUUUAGAAUAUCUCAUUAUAUAUGUGAAGAAAAAUCAUGUUAAGAAAAAUGUUUCACUGCUUUUAAAACAUCAGUUGAUUUAGAAGCUCAUAAUAUAAAAGUACAUAAUCAUUAAUCAUCUAAAAAAGUGGCUUUAAAUUAAAUGAAUAUUUAGGUUUUAACUGGAUUCGAAUAUGGAUAGUAAGGAGAAUCUAAAUUUAAAACAAGAGAUGGUAUGAUAAAAGAUAAGGAAGGUGUUAAUUUCGAAGCUUAAUUUUUAUCUUUGAGAAAAACUAAGAUGAAAACAACUACUGUAGAUUCUCAUGAAGAUGAAAAAAUAGAUUAUAGAGAUUUUUAUUGUUAAAAAUAUGAUGAAAGAUAUUAAAAAGAAGAACAGGAAAUCCUUUAAUAAUAUUAUAAUGAUAAUUAUGGGAAUAAUAAUAACAAAGGAAAUAAUAGAAAUAGGAAUAAUUAAUAAUUUGUAAGAAAAAAAAGCUCAUAAAACGAAGUACUUUAUUUGGAAAAUAUACCACUUUUAAGAUAUUAUUAAAUUCAUGGAAUUAAUAAUGAUAAUAUUUUAGAUAAACUAGGACUUAUAUGCGAUUAGGAAAAAUAUGAAUAAUUAGAAGAUGCUUAACAUUAAAUGUAAAAGAAAAAAUGUAGUGCUUAGUAAUAUUUCGAAGUCUUUGAAAGACUAUGUGGAAAAAAUAUUGCUUUGAGAGUGCUUCCGCUAGUUAUUGCAAGUUUAAAUAAUACUAAAUAUGAAGUUUUAUAAAAAGAAUUAGAUGAAGUUUAUAUUAGUGAAGUAAAAAAAUUAGCUAAAAAACAUAACACUCUAAUUAAUAGCUCAAAUACAUAUAAAGAAUUCUUUACUUUGUUUAGAAGCGAAUUAGAAAAUUAAUUGACUGAAAGAAUUGUUAAUUAGGAGUUAAAAUUAAACGCGAAAGCUUUAAAAAUGGAAAGAUCGAGAAGAUUUUAACUUAUUGAGAUUUUAAGAAGAAUCAAAACUAAAGAAAUGGCUAAACUUAAGUUUGUGACUAAUUUUGGAGUCUCAGUUGAGAAAAUAUCGUUUAUUUUAAGGAAAGUAUUUUUUUCGGAUCUUAAUUAAAUUCAGAAACUUUUUAAGGAAAUACCUAAUCAUGAAUUUCUUCAUUUAUAUCUUUAUGUGAGUUAUUGUCAUGAUUUAUUAUAGGGAAAAGAUAUUCAUAAAGAAAAAAAUUAAUUGUCUGUUAAUAUUCUUAAAGAUUAUUUUGAAUAACAUUAAGAUAUAUAUAAUAAAUACUAUUCUCAAGACGAUUAAAUAUUGGAGUAAGAAUAAGAAGAAGAAUAAAAAGUAAACACGGCAAUAAUUUAGUAGAAAGGAAAUUAAAAAAAAACAGUAGAAAUCGAUACUUAGAAUAUUUAUGAUUUCCCUGCCAUUAAUAAUAAUAAUCCAAUAAAAAUAUAAAAAACAGUUAUAUAAUAAUAACCUGAUCCUUCUUUACCGACAUAAUAGCCUAUGAAUACAAAAGAAAAAAAUAAAAAAAUAAAUACUUUAAAUGAUUGGUAAAAAAGUAACGAAAAUCCAUUCAUUUAUGAAUCUAAAGAUUAAAAAGUAAGAGUAAACCAAAUUUUAAAAGAAGAAUUCCCUACUUUAGGUGGAGGAUAAAAAGUAGAACCUUAUACAGUACCGACAAAAAAAUAAUAAUAAAUAUUUAAUUAAUAAGAAAUUGAAUAAAUGUAAAAAUAAAAAUAAUAAUAACCUAUCUUUAAAUAAUAAGUCUAAUAAUAAUAAGUUGAUAUGUGGGAAGGACCUACUAAUAAUAAUCAAACUGAUAAAAAUGAUAUUAAAAAUUUAGGAUUUAUUGGAAAUAAGAAAAAAAAUAAGUAAGGAAAAACCUAAAUUAGUGUUGCUGGAUUUUUUUAAUGA